AUGUUUGCAUGUGUAUACGCAUGUGUAUGUGGCAAAAUAAAUACUGUUUUUACUACCGUUGAUAGUUUGGUGAUUGCGGUGGCUGUAACUGCGAUGACGACAAUAGCGGUGGCGGUGGAAGUAGCAACGGUGGCGGCGGUGGCUGUGGCGAUGACGAUGUUUCUUGCUGCCGUUGAUGAUGAUGAAGAUGACGAUGAUGAUCAAUGUAGAAUGAAGAAUGUCAUCAAUAUAGUGACAACGGUAACAACAACAAAGAAGAACAACAGUGGUAAAACGAUGUGA